AGGUCGCUGUCUGUUUUGUUUUUUUGAGGCUACACGCUGAGUGUGAGAGAGAGUAAGACGCUGUGUGUCGGGUGAGAGUGACUGAGCACCGCACACACACACACACUUGUCGCGCCGUGAGCCGACCUCACGCGAGAUGGACGGCGCUGGUGCUGUGUACCAGCAAAUGGUGCACGCCUUCGCUGACGCAUACACCACCGCCCUCUUCACCGCCCGCCCGCCCACGCCCGACAGCGACUACGGGUCUCUGAGCCCCGCUUCAACGCCGCCUCCGAGUCCCACUCGUCUGUGCUCCUCGACCCGCGACCCGGUGCCCUCGCCCACCGACGCCUGGGCGCCCUUCACUAUGGCCCAACAGACAGCUCAACAGACCUUUGUCACCUACCCGGAAUACACCCAGAUCUACGCCACGCCCGCAGCCGCCGCAGCUCUCAUCACCAAGCAGCCGCAGUCUUCCAAACCCGCAUCACCUCGAACCGCGACCACGCAGAUUAAGACGGAGAGCUACAGAAUACCCAACUACCCGUCAGCCCGAAGCCUCGCCAAGGCUCCUACAGUCGCGCCUCUCGGGUCAAUAGAGAACAAACGCGAGCAACAGCGACUCGGAGGCUCAGCGAUCCCGAACUUGUGCAAGGCGCCGAAGCCACCUCGCGGGAGCAGCCGCUGCGGCGUCCGCAAGCAGCGGUCCGGCCGCGAGGUGACGGACGGCGUCAGGAAGAAGAGAAGACUUGCGGCCAACGCCCGGGAGCGCCGCAGGAUGGACAAUCUCAACAAGGCCUUCGACCGUCUCCGCUCCGUCCUGCCGCAGCUGUGCGACGACCGCAAGCUCUCCAAGUACGACACGCUACAGAUGGCACAGACCUACAUCACCACCCUGGCUGACCUCCUCAUAUAGCCCUCGCUGGCCCUCCAGGGCUGGUGACGCAGCCUCUCACCGCUACCCUACGUAGUCUGUCAGGCCCUCCAAGACUGCCCACGUAGUCUAUCAGGCCCUCCAAGACUGCCCACGUAGUCUGUCAGGCCCUCCAAGACUGCCCACGUAGUCUAUCAGGCCCUCCAAGACUGCCCACGUAGUCUGUCAGGCCCUCCAAGACUGCCCACGUAGUCUGUCAGGCCCUCCAAGACUGCCCACGUAGGCUAUCAGGCCCUCCAAGACUGCCCACGUAGUCUGUAAGUGCCCCCUCGUUACCACCCCAAGAAGACUGUAAUUAUACCAGUAGGUGUUCCCGGGUAGCCUGCAGGCGGACCUGCCUCCAGCGCCCACCACACUAAGGCUCGCGGGCGUGACGGAGGAUGUACACAGUAGUGGAGGUGUUAUGGUAGUGACGGUGCUGUGUGUGUGGGGAUAUUCCAGUGAUCUCUUGUAUCGUGUCAGGGACAGAGACGUCGUCGGUGACGACACAGUGUUCAAAACCUCUCUUCGAGCAUUAUGGUAAGGAGUCUUCAGUCCUCGCUAGAUCUCAUGGACUCCAGAGUCACCGCCGGAGCCGGGAAAUUAGACCUCUAAGGGAUAUGAAACGACUUCACGCCACGACAAAUCUUCUUAAGAACUUUAUCUCCUGCCAGAAGAGAAAGACGACGCUAUCUCACAGGACCUGGAGUGUAAACCUCGGUAUCUGCGCCAUAUCGAAGCUUGUCGCCGCAGAGAAACGUCGUCUGAUCAUAUGACAUCUUGCCCGGAAUCACAAGAGACUUUCUCGUGUUGAAGGGCGCGUCUCGCCCCGCCCGAACGCGUUCCCGCCACAUGACGCGCGAUGCUGGGCGCGUGGCGCGGUAACCCAGCCACGCGCCAACCAGCUUCGAAACAACUGGAAGCACGGGAAGCGCAUGGGCAAGGCUUCCAUACCUGUCUGGUAUGGAACCAUGGGCCGCCCGCCGCGGAACCAUUCACAGGCAAGAUAUAUUCGCCAUGGAACCACGAACCAGCCAAGAACCCAUUAUUUUAGUUCAUUCUACAUCGUGGGUAUUGGCUAUGAUGUCGUAUCUCUGCUUCCGGAUGAGGUACUGUGAGCCGACUUCAACAGUGACCACGACUACUGUUCCUCCUCCUCCUUCCUCCUCACCGUCGUCCCCAUCAUCACAGUAGAGACGAGAUGGGGGAGGGAUGUCUCAAAUCCUGUAUAAGUGGGUGACAUAUCCAGUAUUAACGGAUUAUCCCCGUCCAAUGUGAGAUGGUUACAUAUCCGAGGUAAAGGUUGUAGCAUAUCCUAUCUAAAAGGUUGACUCAAGUCCUAUGUUAUAUGAUAAGAUCCAGUGUAAGGCGGUGGUGACUCAGGUCCUAUGUAAUGGGGAGAUAUUCCUCUGUUAAGGGGGAUGACAUGUCCAGCAUAAGGCAGGGAAAUAAACAUGAACUUAUCUUUCCAAAUGAUGCAAAAAAAAAAAAAGAUAUUCAAUCAAGGAGGGAUCUUGUGUCUUAAGAUUUCCUUGAUGUAAAUGAGUUGUAAAUGUCAUUUGUGUUGUGAUUUGGGCCGUUGACGCAAUGUUGACGCAGUGUUGACGCAAUGUUGACGCAAUGUUGACGCAGUGUUGACGCAAUGUUGACGCAGUGUUGACGCAGUGUUGACGCAAUGUUGACGCAAUGUUGACGCAGUGUUGACGCAAUGUUGACGCAGUGUUGACGCAAUGUUGACGCAAUGUUGACGCAGUGUUGACGCAAUGUUGACGCAAUGUUGACGCAACACUGGUAGCCGACCCCUGUCUUGUACAAAUAUCUGCAGCGUAACAGUGUUUCCAUUUUGUGAAAUCUACUUAUUUGUGAAUUCUAUUUGAUA